AUGUGUAGAACGGUCUACUUCAAGUCUGCAACCUGCAAACAUCGUUGGAUAAUCAUCGGCCAGCCGUGCGCCAAAGACCCAGGAUUCAUGAAAUGCAAAGUUUUUAAGACUAACGGCAUACUGCCCUUUGGUGUUGGAGGUCCCAUCUUAGCUGCUGAGAAUACCUGCCCAACCUGCCAUCUCAAGGGAAAAUAUGACCGGAAUAUGAUUAGGCUGGUCAAGUCGGACAUUUACUGGUACCGACAGGCUAGGAGGAAGGGGAAGAAUAAGACGGUCUACUUCGACUUCCAUUGUACCGUCAUGUAA